CGCACAGAGAGGACUGAAGGAGGGAGAGAAGGAGACAUUGAAGGAGACACUGAAGGAGACACCGAAGGAUACAGUCAAAGGAGGAUGGAGGGAGUUUGAGUCCUUGCUGAUCCUCUGGUCUUUGGGGAGCCAUGACUUCUCAGCAAGAGGCAUCUUCCUUCAGAAGGUUCUUUCAGUAUGUAGAGGACAGCGGUCUUCGAACAUACGACGGUCUGGUGAUUCAAAACGCCUCUGACAUCGCCAGAGAGAGCGACCGCAUUCGGAACCAGACCAACUGGACCUACCUGCAGGAGAAACACCAGAAGAAAAGACGACAAGAAGAAGCCAUCAAGAGGAUUGGUGAAGAUGUUGCCAUGGCAACAGACGGGGCAUACUCCGGGAAACAUUUCAGGAUGGGUUUCAUGACAAUGCCAGCACCACAGGACCGUCUGCCCCCACCAAGUCAGGGCUUCACUGUACGAUCCCAGUCCCUCCACUCGGUGGGCGGAGGAGAUGAUGACUCCAACCACAGUCGAAAACAACCCCCGCCCAAACCCAAGAGAGACCCCAACACCAAAUUGAGCAGCAGCUCUGAGACAGUAAAUGGAGGCUCCGGAGUCACCAAGAGAGACACCCAAGAGACCAAAGAGACGCCAGAGCAGGCUGAAGCUCGAGCUCAUCUCUACAGUGAAGACUACAAGAAGAUGCCUCCACCCAAACCCAAAAGGAACCCGAACACUCAGCUCAGCACUUCCUUUGAUGAAUCUUACAUCCGUAAUCACGGCAACAAGAAGUCUUCCUUGCGAUGGGACAAAUCUUCAUCCCAAAGUCAGAGCCCGGCAUCGAGAGACACAGACGAUGAGGAACCCGUCUACAUCGAGAUGGUGGGAAACAUCCUGCAGGAGCUGAAAGGUCAGGAGGCGGUGGAGGACGAGCAGAGCGAGUCUGUGUACGAGGAGAUGAAGUAUCCGAUGCUGGAGGACUUCCUGCAGGACGCCCACUCUGCCAUCGUGGAUCCUGAAGCCUGGUCGUCCCGCGGCUCGCUCUGCGACAUCCCUCCACCUUUUCCCAACCUCCUGACUCACCGCCCACCACUGCUCGUCUUCCCCCCCGCCCCAGCUCAGUGCUCCCCAAACUCUGACGAGUCCCCCCUCACCCCGUUAGACGUCACCCGUCUGCCCAUGAUAGAGAACGUCUCCUACAGCAAGUCGGGUGGUGUCGAACACCCGCAGAGCUCCACCCACCACCGAAAGGAGCGAGAACGGGAUCGUGAUCGAGACAGAGACCGGGACAGAGACCGGGAUCUGCCCUCCACCCACACCAUCACAUCCUCCGGCCGCUCAUCUGCUCCACCCCUCCCCUCAAACUUCUACAAGUCCUCUGCCUCCGCCCACAGUGGCCACGGUUACCCCCGCAGCCAAUCAGCAUGUCCUUCUCCGGUCAGCAUGGGUCGCUGUCUGACUCCUCUGAGCCUGAAGAGGCCACCGCCAUACGACGCACUGAUGGCAGGAGGAAGUAUGCCUCGCUCUUCAUCUUCCUCUUCGUCAUCCUCGCACAGAGCUGGGGAAGGCGGGGCUAAACUCAGUAACUCUUCUUCCGCCCACGGCUCCAUGCAGAACGUGUCAUUGAGGUCGCAGACUCCCACAAGCCCAAUGGACGAACUCAACAACCUGUUUAGCUCAGGUCGACAGGUGAUGAAGAAAGGAGGGGGAGGCAGGAAGAGCCGAGACAGCGAAGGAGACUCCAGGUCUCUGCCCAGACAUGAAAGCAAAGACAGAGACGGACAGUCCAGCCCAGUUUCUAGCAGGAUGGGACGGUCGUCCGUCAGCCCCACCAUGAUGCUGUCUGGAGGAGGAGGAGAAUCGAAGUCGGUGUGUAAACUCGGCCGUUCAGCGUCGACGUCGGGAGUUCCUUCACCAGGCGGGACACCACAACGUCACCUGCAUGAGCAGCAUCACCCUGCCCUCAGCCAGGUACCACACCUGUAAAACACCUGUCUGUCUACCUGUCUGUCUACCUGUCUAUUUGUCUUGUCGGUCUAUGUGUCUGUUCAUGUAGAGCCAUGUUGUAAAUCAUGUUAAACAGCAGUUUUCUUUGAAACAGAGAUUAAAUGUUUUACGCAGGAUCAAACUGAACAACAGUAAAGAUGUACAGACGGACAGACGCUGCAUCAGCUGACUGACAUGAACUGUGAACAUGGAAACAAGUAAACAUGGUGGUGAAACAUGUAAA